UGAUUGAAUUGAACAAUUCAGAUAGCGAGAAAUGUUUUUUAUAUGCUGUAUACACCUCUGUGGUAAAAGACACUACAAUAUUAUAACUAUAGAAUGUGUAAAUGGAAAGGCACAAUAUUUUGCCCAAAUUACUCUCUCUCUCUCUUAAAUGCUACGAUUUGAGAAAAACAGUGUCCACGCCUUCUGGUGCAGUCACUGAAAGUAGGGGAUAACUUCAGUGUUCUAAUACACUGUGCGGGCAACGAGCAGAUAAAAUGGGAGUGCGUGAGCAGGUGAAGAGCAUUUUAUUAUACCUCUGCAUCUGUAGUCAUGUUUGUACUGAAGAGUGGGAACUCACGCUGCUUCAUACCAACGAUGUCCACGCACGGGUUGAGGAGACAAGCAAGGACUCCGGCAAAUGCACCAAGCCUCCGUGUUUUGCCGGGGUGGCACGGAGAUUUACGAAAAUAAAGGAGAUCCGGAACCGAGAGAAAAAUGUGAUGCUGCUGGACGCAGGCGAUCAAUUUCAAGGAACCGUUUGGUUUAAUGUCUAUAAGGGAGCAGAGGCUGCACAUUUUAUGAACAAACUUGGCUACGAUGCAAUGGCUCUGGGGAAUCAUGAGUUUGACAAUAAAGUGGAGGGACUUAUCAAGCCGUUUCUCCAGGAGGUGAAGUGCACAGUCCUCAGUGCUAACAUCAAAGCAGACGACACACUAGCACCUCGCAUCAGUGGCCUUUAUUUCCCUUAUAAGGUAUUUGAUCUGGACUCUAAGAAAGUGGCCGUGGUGGGAUACACAUCAAAGGAGACGCCUGCUCUGUCACAAACAGGACCUAACUUGGUGUUUGAGGAUGAGAUUGAUGCUCUCCAGCUCCAGGUUGACAAACUAAUCACUUUGGGGGUCAACAAGAUUAUCGCCCUUGGUCACUCUGGAUUCGUUACAGACAAAGAAAUAGCCAGAAGGGUAAAGGGUGUGGAUGUGGUCAUCGGAGGACAUAGUAACACCUUUCUGUACACAGGAAAACAGCCUUCCUCUGAGGUCCCGGCAGGUCCCUACCCGGUCAUAGUAAGGUCAGAGGGUGGGCGUGACGUCCCUGUGGUGCAGGCCUUUGCCUUUGGGAAAUAUCUGGGUUACCUCAAGGUGACGUUUGACGAAGCUGGCAACGUGCUCCAGUCCACAGGCAACCCCAUCCUUCUGGACAGCUCUGUACCAGAGGAUCCCAGUAUUCUGGCUGAAGUCAACGAGUGGAAAAAGGCCCUGGCAAAUUACUCCUCCCAGUAUGUGGGGGAGACCCUGGUGUAUCUCAAUGGAACGUUUGAAGAGUGCAGGUUCCGAGAGUGCAACCUGGGAAACCUAAUCUGUGACGCUAUGGUACACCACAACAUUAAAUAUGCAGAUGAGCUUCAAUGGAACCAUGUUAGCUCCUGCAUCCUCCAAGGGGGAUCGAUACGGUCAUCCAUAGAUGAGCGGAGUCGAAACGGUUCCAUCACGAUGGAGGACCUCAUUGCUGUGUUGCCGUUUGGAGGCACCUAUGAUCUGGUUCAGCUGAAGGGAUCUACUCUGAGGAAGACUUUUGAGCACUCCGUCAGGAGAUAUGGAGGGAACACAGGGGAAUUCCUUCAAGUAUCAGGAUUUCAUGUAGAGUAUGAUAUGUCAAGGCCCCCUGGGGAGCGCGCUAGGAGUAUUAGUGUGCUCUGUACGGACUGCCGGGUGCCAGUCUAUGAGCCUCUGGACGACAGAAGGCUAUACAAGGUGGUCCUGCCCUCAUACAUGGUGGAAGGAGGAGACGGAUUCUCCAUGAUUAAAGAGGAGAACCUGAAACAUGACAGCGGUGACAUGGACAUAUCGGUGGUGGCCAGCUAUAUUGCUGAGAGGAAGAAGGUGCACCCGGCUAUAGAGGGACGUAUCAAGAUUUCCAACUCAGCUUCAGUGGGGCCUGGUCACAUGGCUCUGUUAAUCAUGCUGGGGCUAGUGAUGGCUCUGUUUGGGAGACUGAGAGAUCCCUGGCUGCAAUCAUGAUGCAAAGCUCACCAUUGGAUAUGUUCUUCUCACCAACAGCAUUCAAGGGAAGAGCUCAACUCUAGUUAGUCUGAGUACAAAUUGAACAGGGAUAUGGUGAAUGGAUAUUUCACCAAUGCUCUCAGAUUUUUCUUUCUAAAUACUGCAGUUUGAUAUGAAAUUCGCUAUUGAAACUUCAGGGAAAAUACUGUAAAUGUAUUAUCCUAUGGCUAAAACUAGAAAUGAUGCACUGGUAAGUCUCGUGUACAGUCGCUGCCGUCAAGCUCUUGGUCUGCGAUCCAGUUUGAGCAUAAACAUACAUUUGCUUAUGUACUCUAACAGAUGGAAACAGAUGACCGGUGCUUGUUUAAGUGUGUGCCCCUGGCAGAGCCUACUUAACCAGCAUUAGGACUGAAGCGUUAAAGGUUUUGGGUCAUUUCCGAUUGAGCCGACAUAUGCAGUCUCCGCUAACGGGGGACAUUGCCUUUAAAUAUCAAUCACGCUGUAACACCGAAUGUCCAUUAUACGGAUAGAAUAGACUUUGUUUAUGAGAUAGGGUGUCCAAACACAGAGCUCCGGAAUAGUUUUGUCAAUAUUUUGAAGCUCUUUUAGAAAUAUAAUCUCUCAAGGUGGGAUAAACAAGUAGUGACCAACCUUUUGUAAACAUUUAGAGAACUCUAUUUACAGGACAUACCCACUCAAAGUAACAAGGUAGCAGGAAACUGAUACACUUGGUAUUGAUUCACACAGGAAACUGUUGAGUGAAAAAUCCAGCAGCGUAGCAGUAUUUGACACAAACUGGUGCGCCCAGCACCCUAUUACCAUACCCCGUUCAAAGGCACUGAAAUAUUUUGUCUUGAUCAUUCAGAUUGAAGUGGAUUUAACAAGUGACAUCAAUAAGGGAUCCUAGCUUUCACCUGAUCAUGGAAAGAACAGGUGUUCUUAAUGUUUUGUACACCAAAGAGGGAAUGUUUUUCUCUGAGUUGUAAUUUUUUAAUAGCCUAUGAUAAAUUGUGACCUAACAUUUUAGAUUUGGUGAUAUUACAACAAGGUUGGUAAUAGUACAAUAUACUGAUGAUAUGUACCUAAAGCCUGAAGGUUAUACAGGUAAAUUAACAAAUUGUUCUCCUUACUGUUUUUUAAUGUCUAGCAGCUAUUUCUGCAUAUACAAACAAGUCACCAACUGUAACAAUUCAACAGUAAAAAUACCAAUAAAUUGUCGUGACUAAAAAAAAAAAAAAGCUAAUCUUAAACUCGUUAAAAACAAAGAAACACAUGAACUAUGAAAUGCCGCCCAGGCGUAAUUCCAUUGAAUUUAUUAUUUCUCAAAGGAAAGAAUUACAUAACAUCCCUCACAGUUACUCUUUAACUUGUGAGUGGUGUAACCUUGAGCUUUGCUGCUCUCACUAUUCAUCAGAUCUCUGUCAGGGCCACGGGGUAGAGUAGUAUUCUGAGGACAAGGACCAUUCCGUCUCUGGAUUGCUCACAGAAACACAAGCUUUAUUGUUCACAGGGGCCAGCUAUUAGUCUCCACUGAUGGCUCUGACCCAGCUGGCUCUGACCAGUGGGAAUGUACAUGGUGUUGCCAAUUACCACAUCCACGGAACACUGCAUGGAAAGUAUCUCCUUUUCACAGUGGACUAAAACAUUAUCAGGGCAGAAAUGAGACUCCAAGGAGGGAAGGGAGAUGGAAAUCACAUUAGGUCAUAUGCAGGACAAAACAGGUCUUAGUGCUCAGCUUAUUGCUCCAACCUGCUUCUCAGCUGUAAAAUUACACAAAGGAACCUACAGUUACCAUACAAAAUACAGAGACUGUUUAAAGACCAAUUGAAUCUGUCAUCUCACUUGGAGAAGGGAAGACAUCUAAAAUUGACACAUCUAACUAAAGAUGGACCAGUUUGCAGGCAGCAAGGCAUUAUUAUAUCCAAUAAGUAAAAUAUUUGACCACCCAGUAAAAUCUAGAAAUAUAUUUUUAUUAAUGCAUUAUUAUACAUUGGAAUGUUGAUAUAUGCUCACAGAGACAUUGGAAUUUGCUGUAUUGCACUUUGGCUCCAGAAAAAGGAAGCAAGCUGUUUUCUAAAUUCACUGGUUACUGUCUGCCGACGGCUCCCCUUGUCCCUUCUGAAGAGACAACAUACAGUAUCAGCAGGGAGGUACACAACCUACAUCCUGUUACCGUUCUACUUUCACUUAAUUUAUAAAUGUCUAAAUAGUUUGGAAAAGACAUCCGGUUGAUUACCCCCUAGUUGAAACAAAGUGAGUGUUUACUUUCAGGGGCCCUAUGGCAGAGAGAUGCUUAAGUUAAAUACAAUAUACAGUGCCUUGCUAAAGUAUUCAGACCCCUUGGAUUUCAUUGUGUUACAAAGUGGGAUUAAAACAGAUAUAAUUAUAUUAUUUUUGUCAACAAUAUACACAAAAUACUCUGUCAAAAUGUAAGGAAAAUGUAUAUUUUUUAUUUUUAUUAAUAAAAAAUAUAUAUAACUAACAGUUGUAUCAAUCUGCUUGAAACACUAUGGCAACACUUGAAUUGCUGUCUAGCCAUGAUCCCCAACAUCUUGACGGAGUAUGAAGAAUAUUUACAAGGAAAAAUAAAAUAGGCAAAUAUUGAACAAUCGUGGUGUGCAAAGCUCUUAGACACUUACCCAAGAAGACUCACAGCUGUUAUCGCUCCUUAAGAGUUUCUAACAUGUAUGGACUCAGGGAGCUGAAUACUUAUGAAAUUACGAUAUUUUAUUUAUUACAUUUUUAUUAAUCAAAAAUAAAGUUUGUAUUUUUCAGACA